CCCAGCCAUAUAUUGCGCGUUUCGGAAUUCAUCCGGCAGUAUCGGCGAUUUGCGGACGAUCUCUCGCCACUGAUCUCGUAUUUCGAAAAAUAUGGGCAGCCUCAUCUGGCGGAAAUUCUCUCGAAAAGCUACGUACAUGAGGAGCGUCCACUGCUCACUGACAGACAAAUCAAUUUCCGAUUGUCAGUGGAAGGAAAUGUGCCGCAUCGACUCUAUAAUUAUGUGGAAAGGAGGGAACUGAUCAGAGAUUUGGAGGAAUUUUUCAACUCCUCUGAUUGCAGCUUUGUUCGAGCCACAGAUUUCACGAUUCAAGAUGAUCUGUUGCAGAUCGGUUUUGGCUUGUCGUUCAUGGAUUUGCUGGUUGUGGCAAGAGUUGCUUGGCUGCAGAAGUUUUGCGCAGUUGUCCAGCGCUGCUCAGUAGGUGUGUUUCUUUCACCAUUCAUUUUUCAAUUUUACGAGCACGUCAUAUGGGUUCGUGAUGGUCGCACGUGUGUGGAUGAGCUUCCAGCACUUUUUUCAAAUUUUAUGGUUUUGGCAAGCGAUGCAGUGGCCAAAGCUGCUCUUCGUGAUAAACCGAAUGCAUUGGUGAUUCUGGACGAUGUAUAUCUUUCAGAAAGCGUGCGAUGGUUCGACCAGCUUAACUGUCGGAUUCUUGCUACGAGUCGCAAUCAGGAAAUCUUUCAAGUAUCCAGCACAAACCCAAUAUAUUUUAAAAUACCGUCAGUUGGAUUUACUCUCGCAGAAACUGCUUGUGCAAUAAAUUCAGUGUUAGCCGCAGACAACUCUCCUGCGUACAUGGAGCAAGUUGCUUGGAUUCAUCAGAAAACUGCCGGCCUGCCAGCUCUGAUUGGAAUUGUGGCACGUUUAACAAACGGAAGAAUCGAAAGGUGA